AUGGCGACGGAGGGCUUGCCGCCUGCAGCUCUCGUGACGGCGCUCGGCUCCGCUAAGGUGCGUUUGCAGCUCUCUGCGGCCCGGCUGGACGCCGUCGCGGCGGACGAGGACGAGAUCAGGGUCACGCAGCAGGAGAUGCCUCACCUGACUGGCGGCGUGGUCUGGGAGGCGGCGAGGCUGCUCGAGGCCGAGCUGCGAGGCAUGGACAUCGACUGGCCGCGGGCGCGCGUGCUCGAGCUCGGCUCUGGGACCGGCUGGCUGGCCCUGCAGCUCGCACGGCGCGGCGCCGCCGUCACCGCGACCGACCGGCGCGGCAUGCUCGAUCUGCUCCGUCGCAAUGUGCUGCGCAACCAGAAGCGGUUCCCGUGCACGGAGGAGGAGGCGCGGCGCGGGCGGUGGACCGCGCUCGACGUCGAGGUGGUCGAGCUCGACUGGGAGGAGGAGGGCGAGUGGGACCUGAUCGUCGGUUGCGAGGUGCUCUACCUCCGCGAGUUUUACGAGGCGCUCGUGUCUGUCCUGGAGCGGCACUCACGCCCGUCCACGCGUGUGCUCAUCUGCUGGCAGGAGCGGACGCAAGAAGGCCGCCACCGGCAGCCAGAGUUCCUCGAGCUCGCUGCCGCCGCCGGCCUCUCGCACGAGCGCCACACCACCCUCCGCACCGGCGCCGGCGCCGCGGUGCACGUGCUGCAGCUGCGGCGCCAGACCGCAGUCCCGACUCUGCCCGCCACGCUGCUGCCAGCCAGCCCGCCCUCGCCGCCGCCCUCGCCGCCGCCCUCGCCGCCGCCCUCGCCGCCGCCCUCGCCGCCUCCGAUGCCGCCGCCGCCGCCGCCGCUCCUGGCCUUGGGCGGCGCGGACAGCGACAGCGACGAUCCGGAGGGGGGGCGGCCACCGGCGGUGUCGCUGGGUUGCGGGGGAAGCCCCGCGGGCACCUUUAGCGUGCACGACUUUCGACUCAACGCGCGCGGAGGAGACUUCAGGCUGAGCGAGCCCGCUGCUGCCGAGGGCGCGGGCGCGGCCGGCGCGGCGUCGGCCGGCGCGGCGUCGGGCGGCGUCGAGAUCGAGAGCGUGGCCGACAUCGAGACGCUCGACGAGCUCGGCCAUGGCGCUAGCGGCGCCGUCUGCCGCGCGCAGCACCGCGGUGGCAAGGACAGCGCGCCACAGGGCGACCUCCCCACCGAGGUGACUGUCUUCGAGCCUGCCAAGCGGCUGCAGGCGGUCUCGGAGCUGCGAAUCAUGCGCAAGCACCGCUGCCCGUGGCUGGUCGCCUUGUACAACGCCUUCUACGAGGAGGCGCGCGUGUACGCGGCGGUGGAGCUCAUGGACGCCGAGAAGGCGCGCGUGUACGCGGCGAUGGAGCUCAUGGAUGCCGGCUCGCUCGCCGAGCUGGUCGAGCAGCACCGCGAGGCGGGCGGACUUCGCGACGAGGCGGAGCUGCGGCGCGUGGCUGAGCAGAUGCUGCGCGGGCUCGCCUACGUUGGCGCAUUCUACCAGCUGCUCGGCCAGAUUGCGGACGAGCCCGCGCCGACGCUGCCCGCCGGGCACUUCUCCGCCUCGCUGCGGGACCUGCUCCGCCGCUGCCUCGACAAGGACCCGACGCGGCGCCCGACGGCGCAGGAGCUGCUGAGCGACGCGUGGCUGGCGAGCGGGAGCCACUCCCAUGCAUGA